AUGCAGAGUGGGGCGGGCAAGGGCUUGGAUUACAGCUCCACGCUCAAAGUGGUUCAGUGGUUUAUGCGUAUUUAUAAGAAGAGAGUAAAAGCUUGUGGGGGGGAAGCAUGGAAGAAAGAGAGAAAAAACGCUGCGUUUGGAAGUGAGAGGGCGAGGAUAAAGGAGUUUAGAAACAUGGACUCCGAAUCACUGGACAGGUGCAUACAGAGUACCUUAUCCGUGCUCUACCCUCCGUUUGAGGCCACAGCAGCCACGGUUCUGUGCCAGGUUUUUGACGUGGUGGAGAAGACGUACCGCGGGGAUGGACUGCGCUACCUCAUAGAUUUCCUGAUUCCAGCAAAGCACAUCUUGCAGUGCAUUCAGCAGGAUGCCUGUGUUCAGUACUGUGGAUUGCUGUUCCACCAUGAAGGCUGGCCUCUCUGUGUCCAUGAGAAGAUUAUAGUCCAGCUGGCCUCCAUAGACUGGCGAGCCUUAAAGCCUGGUGACUUCUACCUGCAGGUGGUGCCCUACCUAAAGAAGUCGCCACGAAUAGUACUGAAAUGUUUGGCAAACGACAAACAUAAUGUAGAGGAAGUUGUGGUCCCAGAGGUCUCCUACACCUCUAUUUUUUCUGUGGAAUGGUUGGAGUCCAUCAAUGGAGAGCGGAUGGGUACAGCGCUGGAAAAUUGUUUACUAGCCUCUGAUGAUAAAAUAUUCCGGGUUCCCUGGGAUAAAAUCGUCAAUCCUGAAUUUAUUGAUAAACCAAAAAUAAUUGAAAAUAAUAUCACAGCUCUCAAAAUGGCUAAAGAAUCUUCAAAUUUGUGCUUCCCAAUGGAGCAUCCCAAAUGCAACUCACCGGCUCCUGGACCUCAAGCUUUGCCGGAGCAAGAAGUGAUGCAGGACAAUUUGGUCAUUAGCAGGACUACUCAGGAAUCAGCUGACACCAUUGUUAAUGGUAUGAGUUCUGUGCCCCUGGAGGACUCUGAAAGCGACCCUGAAGGAGAGUAUGUAGAGCUCACGGAAGUUUCAUUGCCAAGAUUUGGGCCACAAGUGGGCUCCUUAACCCAAUCGAUUGCCUUAAAUUCUAGAACUCAGCCCAGACCAAGAGUGAAUGUCUCUAAAGACAAACACAGGCUUAUUGUCCUUCGGGACAGUAGCACAUGUUCAAAGAACUUGGUUUGUUCAACACUCAUACAAAAGCAGCACGGUCAGACGGACACACCGAGGGCCUCUUAUUCAGGGGCUCAUGAAAAUGGAAUUCAUUUGGAAAACAACAAAAGGAUGCGACAUGGUGAAGUGUUACCAAAAUGUCAGCUGGAAUCAAAUGAUCCUGGCAGUGUGGGGAAUUCAGACUCUAACUUUCACACAGCUGCAUCUCCAGCCAGCAAUGCAGAGAGUUCAUCCUCCGUGGGGCAAGGGGCACCCAGUGAGCACACGAUAGACUGGAGAUAUGCAAUGUGCAGUUACAAUGAUGUUUGUGCUGGAGACAGUGCUGAAUGCAAGGAACAAUUAAUAGAGACUCCUGGAAAAACGGAAGCUGAAAAUGAUAGGGCAGAAACUGGGAAAGAAACCACAGAGCCGAGCCCAGAAGCACUUCCAUUGAAUGCUGCUGCUAGGGAGGGAAUGCAAAACCAAGUGAGAGCCCAUGAGCACAGUGACAGCACCCGGGUGUAUUUUGCUCCGGUUUCUGUCACAGGACAUUCCACAGCAAACUGCAGACUUGAGGAAGACUCUGGCAUUCAGAUUACAUCUGAAUCCUCAGGUCUGACAGAACAAUGCUUCCGUUCAUCAGUGGAUGUGCCAGAUAGAAUUGUAGAACACAAUCAUUGCAGUAAUCCGCUAGCAGAACAUUGUCCUCCGUUAAGUCAGCCUGCAAAGUUGAACCGAGGACAAGCAGAGCAGUUCGGAGAGUUAGGCAGUGGAGUUAGUGUUGAGGAAGUCUGCAAAGAGACUGAGGAACCAACAUUCACUGGGAACGAGAAGCAGAAUAGCCAUACAUACUCCUCUGCUGUUGACAGGCGGGUGGAUGGAUACUUGCCACAGGACAAAGGACAGGAAGUCAUGGGCUGUACACAACAGAAAGUAGAAGAAGCCAAACUACUCCAAACCUCUGGGCUAACAGAGAUCAGACAGACAGCAAAACGGCUAGAUAACAAUGGCACAAUGGUAGGAGUACAUACAGAGGGCUCCUGUCAAACUGAAACCAAAAGGGAUAGAGAGAAAUGUGAGGAGAAACAAAGCUGUGUGGAAAUCCAGUGUCACAAAAGUGUAGCGAACUCUGUGCUGUUGCAAACCCCAGCAGAAGGGGUUGGCCUGGAACGUGUGGCAGGACAGGAUUUGCAAGGGGGGCCGGAGAACAAACAAGGUGCUGCUGAACAAGAGAGGUCGUGCAGAAGGACCAUCCCAAAGGCUGGGAAUGAGUCGGCAGCCUUGGAAACUCUAGACAUGCUGAAACCCCAAGCAGAGGAACCGGAGGCCACACUGCCAUCUUCUCCACCUAUGGAUGGGGAUAAUACUAAGAGGCCAAUGCAGCUGGCUGAAUGGAGCAGCAAUUCAAAAUCCACCCCUUCCAAGCAGGAAGCAGCUUCUCAGGAUUCACCUUCUAAAGGAACACGGCUGAAAGGGGGAGAAAAGAUAAAAGAAGAAAUGUGCACUGAUUCGUGUGAGCCAGCGGGUCGACUCUGUUCCCCAGAGGAAGGCUCAGCAGCUGUUAUUCAACAGGAACCCCCCAGAAGUUUACAGACUGCACCCGUCACAGCGAAGGACGUGAACCUCGACGUGCUCAGGAGUGGAGUUGCCUGUCUGCCAGGCACCAGAGACAAGUGUGGACGUGCAGUGGCCAUAAUGACCACAAGGAACACGAUCUGGCUAAACCCCCACUGCAACACCACCGAGCUGGUGCGCCUCCUCCUGUACUUACACAGCAUCCCAAGAGCAGAGUGCCGAGCUUUGGGCCUCACCAUUCUGGUAGAUGCUCGUCGCUGUUCACCAGUUCCUGCCCUUUUUAAGGCUUUCAAUUUGCUACAGGUGAGCCUGUGGAAGCAGCCCCAGUCCUUUGGCCCCAGGCUCUUUGUGCUGCAGGGGUAA